AUGAGGACGAACAAGGCGCUCGGCGCGUUUGUGAACGGCGCGCUGGCGGUCAUCGGGUUGGGGCUCGUGGGCGUGGCGCUGUGGAUGCUGCUCGACGCCACGUACGGCGCGUGCUUGCUGCCCUACCAGCUCCCCGUCAUCGUCGUCGGCGGCGCGCUGCUGCUCGCGGCGCUCGUCGGCUUCUGCGGGCUCGCAUGCGACUCGAACUCGCUCUCGUGCCUCUACCUCGUCGUCGCGCUCGUCGCCGUGCUUGCAUCCACGGCUUUCACCAUCUUCGCUUUUCUUGUAACGGGCGGCGCGCCGGCGCCUAUAACGAGUCGCAACCAGACGGUGUACAUCACGUGGGGCUUCUCGCCGUGGAUGCAGGCGCAGGUGGCCAAUGCCACGUGGCCCGCAAUGCAGACAUGCCUCGCGCGCCGCCGCACGUGCGCGGACCUUCGCGCAUACGCCCCCGCUGCGCUCAACGGGACGCUUCUCCCGCCCAUCGAGGUAACACUCACUUCCACAACAUCUUUCCAGUCAGCGAGUGUGAUGCAGCGGCAUCCUUUCCUGAGGGGACGUGGUGAUGUGGAAAUUUAA